AGUUUAAUUUUGACAUUAAGAUAAAGAUAAAAAUAUUAUGAGAAGUCUGUCUUUAUAUAGGUUAAUUUAAUUUUUAUGAAGAAUUUGAAUUUUAUAAGUUGUUUUUCUACAAUGUCAUUAUAUUAUAAAUUGUUUCCCAAUAAACUAGGCAAAAUAGUUAGAGGAAUUGAUCUAUCAACUGAAAAUCGGCCUGAAGUUAUCAAACAAAUAAAAGAAGAUGUAACUGCUCACAGAAUUCUGAUUUUUAAAGACCAAGGAAUUGUGAGUGGUAACAGACAUGUUGAAAUUAGUGAGUGGUUUGGCGAACUUGAGUCAACUUUCUAUAAACAUCCCAAAUCACCACACCCUGAUGUCUUCAGAGUUUCGAAUGAUAAAACUGAGGGUUGUACAGGUGUAGGGAGAACCGGCUGGCAUAUCGAUGGUUCAUUUCAACCAGCGCCCUUCUCAUACUCCUUGUAUCACAUGGUCAGUGUUCCAAAGAGAGGGGCCACUGCAUUUGCGCCACUUACCGAAAUAGUGGAGAGUCUACCAAAAGAAACAUUCAAUAAAUGGGACAGACUUUGGAUGAUGAGUGACAGACGCUCAGGUCCUGUUCAUCCUUUGAUCUACACGCAUCCGAGGAGUGGAAAGAAGGUGCUUUGCUUUCAUUUAGGAAUGACUCAUAAUUACGUUUUCGAUUUCGGCUCACCCAAUGAACGAGAAGCAACGGCUUCAGAGUUUAAAGAAAUAAGCAAAGAAAUUCAUCAUGAAUUUGUGAAGGAUGAUGGAAAGAUCCAAUACAUUCAUCAAUGGGAACCAGGGGAUUUCAUCAUAUCUGACAACUUGGCUGUCGCUCACGAAGCAACUCCAGACACGCAGAUUCCAAGAUCUGAAGUUGGACUUCGAGUUCUACACAGAACCACAAUCAAAGGCACUGUGCCUCCAUCCAAAUGAAGUAUCCGAUAAUAAUUACUGAUUCUACAUUCAACUAACGAGGUUCUAGAGUAAUGACCAGCCACUGCACUGAAACUUCUGGUCAUUCGAACGUCUUUCCUUCCUUAGAGGCUUGAUUCAUUUUAUGAAGUCAUUUCAUAACGGUAUUUUAUCAUUGUCUGUGAUUAAAUAUUAUUGAAUAAAUUCCAUUCCAAAAC